AGGCCCUCCUCCCGCCUCUCUGCCUACUCCAGCCUCCGCCGCCUCAGCUUCCCGAGCGAGCCCUGCGGCCGCCGGAGCAGCUCCCGCGGCGGAGCAGGAGCCGGAUGGUCAGAGGAGCCCGGCAGCCCCAGCAGCCGCGGAGUCGCCUGGCCCCCAGACUGACUGGCACAGUGGAGAAACCACCUCGAAAACGGAAAAGCAGGACUGAAUUUGCGCUUAAAGAAAUCAUGUCUUCUGGAGGUGCUGAAGAUGAUAUCCCACAGGGAGAGAGGAAAACAGUUACAGAUUUUUGUUACCUUCUGGAUAAGUCUAAGCAACUGUUCAAUGGAUUAAGAGAUUUGCCACAAUAUGGGCAGAAGCAGUGGCAGUCCUAUUUUGGAAGAACUUUCGAUGUUUACACCAAACUCUGGAAGUUCCAGCAGCAGCAUCGACAAGUCUUGGAUAAUCGGUAUGGCUUGAAGCGGUGGCAAAUAGGGGAAAUUGCUUCUAAGAUUGGGCAGCUAUACUACCAUUAUUACCUACGCACAUCUGAGACCAGCUAUCUGAAUGAAGCUUUCUCCUUCUAUUCUGCAAUCAGACAGAGAUCAUAUUAUUCUCAAGUCAAUAAAGAGGACAGACCUGAGUUGGUUGUUAAGAAGCUACGAUACUACGCAAGGUUUAUUGUAGUUUGUCUUCUGCUCAACAAAAUGGAUGUUGUGAAGGAUUUGGUGAAGGAAUUGUCAGAUGAAAUAGAAGACUAUACUCACCGCUUUAAUACAGAAGAUCAAGUGGAGUGGAACCUGGUGCUUCAAGAAGUAGCAGCUUUCAUUGAGGCGGACCCAGUGAUGGUACUGAAUGAUGACAAUACCAUUGUUAUCACAUCUAAUCGCCUCGCUGAAACAGGAGCCCCGUUGCUGGAACAGGGCAUGAUUGUGGGACAGUUGUCUCUGGCUGACGCACUCAUUAUUGGUAAUUGCAAUAACCAGGUUAAGUUUAGUGAACUAACUGUGGACAUGUUCCGGAUGUUACAAGCCCUGGAAAGGGAGCCAAUGAACUUAGCCUCCCAGAUGAAUAAACCAGGAAUGCAGGAAUCGGCUGAUAAGCCUACCAGACGAGAAAACCCCCACAAGUAUCUGCUCUACAAACCAACCUUCAGUCAACUAUACACAUUCUUAGCAGCAUCUUUUAAGGAGCUGCCCGCCAAUAGUGUGCUUCUGAUUUACCUGUCAGCCACUGGCGUCUUCCCCACAGGUCGUGCUGAUAGUGAAGGUCCUUAUGAUUUUGGAGGGGUACUUACUAAUAGUAACCGAGAUAUUAUAAAUGGAGAUGCCAUCCACAAACGAAAUCAGUCCCACAAGGAAAUGCACUGCCUUCAUCCCGGAGACCUCUACCCUUUCACGAGGAAGCCCCUGUUUAUUAUUGUGGAUUCGUCCAACAGUGUCGCAUACAAGAAUUUCACAAACUUAUUUGGACAGCCACUAGUCUGCUUGCUUUCUCCUACAGCAUAUCCAAAAGCUUUACAAGAUCAAUCUCAACGAGGUAGCCUCUUCACUCUCUUUUUGAACAAUCCUCUAAUGGCCUUCCUAUUUGUCUCUGGAUUGUCAAGCAUGCGCAGAGGCCUAUGGGAAAAGUGUCAAGAAUAUCUUCGAAAAAUCAACCGUGAUAUUGCCCAGCUACUGACCCAUUCACGUUCAAUAGAUCAAGCAUUUCUCCAGUUUUUUGGAGAUGAGUUUCUUCGCUUGCUUCUCACAAGAUUUAUCUUUUGUUCAGCCACCAUGAGGAUGCACAAGAUUUUUCGGGAAACACGAAACUAUCCAGAAUCAUAUCCACAACUGCCAAGGGAUGAAACAGUGGAGAACCCUCAUCUCCAGAAGCACAUUCUGGAAUUAGCAUCCAUUCUGGAUGUUCGAAACGUGUUCCUCGAGAGUACCAUAGAUGACUAUUAAAACAAAAUCCUCUUGUUGAAACAAUUUUUCAUUUGCCACAGAUUUUACAUGGUGCAGUUUUCUAAUGUGAUGACCAAGACACAUAGUGGUGUUACUUAGUUUUAAUUUUUUAAUUUAAGGCCACCAUUUUAAAAACAAACUGAAAAAAUUAUUCAAACUUUUAGGGUAACUGUUUUAAAAUACAGUCUUUCAAGUCUUUUAAAAAACUCAAUUAAUCUUGGAAUUUUUACUUUUUGGUUUUGAGGUAUGGCUACUUACCUCCAGCAUCUGUCCCUACACACAGUCACUGUUCUCACCCUCAGAAGAGUAAAUCAUUUAUUUUUAUAUAAUGAGGAAAAUCCAGCUCUUAUACUUGGACCUUAAAUGUGUGGAUUUAAAAAAAAAAUGUGUGGAUUUAGAAAAUUUAUCAUUGUUCACAAAGAUGAAACUAGCCAGCAUGGACUAUUAAAAAUCAAGAACAGGCUUUCCAUAAUAUUUCUUUUCAUUCCAGCUUAGUAGGUAGACAAAUGUGUGAUCCUUUGAAGCAUAAUCAAGACAUUUUU